UCCAGGGACUGAAACCGAUUCCACCGGCCGAUUUUUUCGAGCGAUCGCUGGGCAACCGCGACGUCGCCCGCUUCAGCGAACUCAUCGACGACCCCUUCCACAGCCCCUCCCCUUCGGCAGCCGUCCACCAAGAUGCCGCCCUCUGCGCUGCCGGGGAUGCCCCCCCCGCAGGGCAGAGAAGAUAUUGAGUCGACGUGGAACUACCUGCAGUAUGGCAUUACCAGGAUCAUGCACAAUCUGCAAGACGGCGUGGAUCUAAAUACUUACAUGGGCGUCUACACGGCCGUCCACAACUUCUGCACAUCCCAAAAAGUCGUCGGCAUGAGCAUCGCAAACAACUUCUCGGGCGCAUCUCAGCGUGGUGCCCAUCUUCUCGGCGAGGAUCUCUAUAAGAAGCUGUCGGAGUAUCUAUCCGGACAUCUUAGGGAACUGGUCACCCAGUCGAGGGCCCACACGGACGAGGCACUGUUGGCGUUCUAUAUCCGCGAGUGGCAACGGUACACCGACGCCGCCAAGUACAUCCACCAUCUCUUCCGCUACCUCAACCGGCACUGGGUGAAGCGCGAGAUCGACGAGGGCAAGAAGAACGUGUACGAUGUCUAUACCCUGCACCUGGUACAGUGGCGAGACGUCUUCUUCACCCAGGUCUCGACCAAGGUCAUGGAUGCCGUCCUGAAGCUGGUCGAGAAGCAGCGCAACGGCGAGACGAUCGAGCACAACCAGAUCAAGCAGGUCGUCGACUCGUUCGUGUCCCUGGGCAUGAAUGACGGCGACUCCUCCAAAUCGACUCUCGACGUCUACCGCUUCCACUUCGAGCGCCCCUUCCUCGACGCCACCAUGCUCUUCUACCAGAAGGAGAGCCAGGAGUUCGUCGCCCAGAACAGCGUCGUCGAGUACAUGAAGAAGGCCGAGGCCCGGCUCGAGGAGGAGGAGGAGCGAGUCAAGAUGUACCUCCAUCCGGACAUAGCGAUUCCGCUGAAGAAAGCUUGCAAUCAAGUCCUGAUUGCCGACCACUCCAACAUGCUUCGCGACGAGUUCCAGGUGCUCCUGGACAGCGACCGGGAAGAAGACAUGGCGCGCAUGUACAGUCUGCUGUCUAGGAUCCCAGACGGACUGGACCCGCUCAGGACUAAGUUCGAGACCCACGUGAGGAAGGCCGGGUUGGCUGCCGUCGCUAAGGUGGCGUCGGACGCCGAUAAGCUCGAACCCAAGGUCUACGUCGAUGCCCUGCUCGAGAUCCACACCCAGUACCAAGGCCUCGUGAAGCGUGCCUUCAAGGACGAGCCCGAGUUCACCAGGUCGCUCGACAACGCCUGCCGGGAGUUUGUGAACCGGAACGAGGUGUGCAAGUCGGGCUCCAACAAAUCCCCCGAGCUGCUGGCCAAAUAUGCCGACUUCCUCCUCCGCAAGAGCGGCACCGGGACCGAGGGUGCCGAUCUGGAGAGCAGCCUCGUCCAGAUCAUGACCGUGUUCAAGUACAUCGAGGACAAGGACGUCUUCCAGAAGUUCUACUCGCGGAUGCUGGCCCGCCGCUUGGUCCACAGCAACUCGUCGUCGGACGACGCCGAGACGAGCAUGAUCGGCAAGCUCAAGGAGGCCUGCGGGUUCGAGUACACCAACAAGCUGCAGCGCAUGUUCCUCGACAUGCAGAUCUCCAAGGAUCUCAAUGCCGGGUUCAGAGAGCACGUCCAAUCGUCGCUCGACUCUAAGGGACUCGACUCGUCGUACUCGAUCCUGGGCACCGGCUUCUGGCCUCUCUCGCCCCCCGGGACGAACUUCAACCCGCCCGAGGAGGUGGCGGCCGACUGCGAGCGCUUCGGCCGCUUCUACAAGGCCAAGCACGAGGGCCGCAAGCUCACCUGGCUCUGGCAGCUGUGCAAGGGUGAGGUGAAGGCGAACUACAUCAGGAACGCCAAGAUGCCCUACACGUUCCAGGUCUCAAUAUACCAGAUGGCCAUCCUUCUGCUCUUCAACGACAAGGACAAGAACACGUACGAGGAGAUCGCCACGACGACGCAGCUGAACAGCGAGGCGCUCGACCCGUCGCUGGGCAUCCUCGUCAAGGCGAAGGUGCUCAACAUCGAGGGCGGGAGCGCCAAGGUCGGCCCCGGGGCGACCUUCUCGCUCAACUACGACUUUAAGAACAAGAAGUACCGCGUCAACCUCAACGUCGGCAUGAAGUCGGAGACGAAGCAGGAAGAGGCCGAGACGAACAAGACGAUCGAGGAAGACCGCAAGCUGCUUUUGCAGUCGGCCAUUGUGCGCAUCAUGAAGGCGCGCAAGCGCAUGAAGCACCAGCAGCUCGUAAGCGAGACCAUCAACCAGAUCCGCGCGCGCUUCGUGCCCAAGGUCGGCGACAUCAAGAAGUGCAUCGAGAUCCUACUCGACAAGGAGUACCUCGAGCGGCUCGACGACGACGACAUCGGGUACCUCGCCUAGCCGCGCGGUGCCCGGUCGGCGGCCGUCGCCUAAGGCAGGCAGGCAGGCAGGCAGGCAGGCAGGCAGGCAAACCUUCUACCUCUUUUCCCUCUAGCGCUGUCUGGCAGACAAUGAAACAAACAGAGAACACA